GAAUGGACUUGCGUUGAUCAUAAUCCCAUAAUGCUAUGGGUCCUCCUUGAAGCUUUCCAAAAAAAGAUUGUAUUUGACUUGUUGACAUCCUAGCUCAUAAUGGAGAAUCAACGCAGCUUUCAAAUGCUGAAAUGUACUGCCCUACCUCUUACAAGAUUUGUGUGCAUACAAGUAGUUGACGGUGAAAAUGGCAACAUCAGAGCUCCAAAAUACGUUUAAAAUAUUGAUAGCUUCUGACAUCCAUCUAGGAUAUAUGGAAAGUGACCCAAUUAGAGGUAAUGAUUCCCUAAACACAUUCGAAGAGAUUCUUCAGAUUGCUAGAGAAAAAAAUGUUGACUUCAUUUUACAUGGUGGAGAUCUAUUUCAUGAAAACAAACCAUCCAGACCCACUCUCCACGGAUGCUUAGCUCUGCUUCGUGAAUACUGCAUGGGGGAUAAACCUGUGAACUUUGAAUAUUUGAGUGAUCAGUCAGUAGACUUCAAACAUUGUAAGUUUCCUAAUGUUAACUAUGAAGAGCCCAACUUCAAUAUUUCAAUACCUAUGUUUUCAAUACAUGGCAACCAUGAUGAUCCAACUGGGCCAGGAAAUUUGUGUUCUCUAGAUCUGCUUCAUACCGCAGGCUUUGUGAACUAUUUCGGCAAAGCAACGUCAUUAGAUAAAAUACAAAUAUCUCCAUUGCUUCUGCAGAAGGGAGAGACAAAACUUGCACUGUACGGUCUUGGUUCUGUCAGAGAUGAACGUUUACACAGAAUGUUUGUUAAAAAGGAUGUAUCUAUGCUGAGGCCUAAAGAGCAUCCAGACGGAUGGUUUAAUGUGUUUGUGUUACAUCAAAAUCGAGCCAAACAUUCUGCCACUAGUUACAUCCCGGAACAAUUCCUUGAAGAUUUUCUUGAUCUUGUGGUCUGGGGUCAUGAGCAUGAGUGCCGUUUAAAUGUGAGUGGGGAGAAAGUGGAAUGGAAUCCAACACAACAGUUUUAUGUGUGUCAACCAGGCAGCAGCAUUGCUACAUCUUUGAGUGAAGGGGAAACAGUUUCAAAACAUGUCGGUAUCUUAGAGAUCAACGGAAAAAACUUUCGCAUGAAUUCUGUUCAGCUCAAGUCAGUAAGACAGUUCUACAUGGAAGAUGUGGUGCUUGGGAAACAUCUUAAGUCUACUGAACCCAAUGCACAAAAAAAAGCUGAGGUAUUUUGUCUACAGAAAAUUGAAGACAUGAUUUCAAAAGCAGAAGAAGAGCAUACUGGUAGUGCUAAGCAACCCAAGCAACCACUAGUGCGAUUGAGAGUUGAUUACAGUGGGUUCGAUCCUUUCAGUUCACAAAGGUUUGGACAGAAGUUUGUUGAUCGAGUAGCAAAUCCAAAGAGUAUGAUUCAUUUUCACAGACAAAGAAUUGAAAGAUCAACAUUUAAAGAUGAUCCUGAUGUGGUUGCAAGACUCAAGACAAUUCCUCUUGACAGUACACGUGUAGAAGACAUGGUGUCUAAAAUUGUUUCAGAGGAUAGGUAUCAGUUAAAGCUCCUGACAGAAAAAGGAAUGGGAGAAGCAGUGAAGGAAUAUGUUGACAAAGAUGAAAAAGGUGCCAUCGGUGAAUUGGUCAAGUAUCAGCAAAAAAACUUAUCUCUUCAGUAUCAGUUAAAGCUCCUGACAGAAAAAGGAAUGGGAGAAGCAGUGAAGGAAUAUGUUGACAAAGAUGAAAAAGGUGCCAUCGGUGAAUUGGUCAAGUAUCAGCUAAAAAAGACUCAGGGUUACUUACACAAGCGCAACACUUCAGAAGACCAGAUUGUUGAGGAUGUAUUUCGUUAUAAAGAGGAGAGAAAAAAAACUUCAGGAGAAGUGGAGGAGGAGGUGAAAGCUGCUCUUAAGGAAGCCCAGGCCAAGCGAGAGUCACAGCCCAAUGGAGAUGCUGAUGUCACUAUGACUUCUGAUGAUGACAUGGACCUGGCAGAGGGAAGUGAUACUUCACAAGUACUUGUUGCAAGGGGAAGGGGAAGAGGAACCAGAGGUCGUGGGAGAGGUCGAGGAAAAGAUUUAGAUGACGAUAGAGAUUUGAUUAUCACCUCAAAGUCAAGCAGCAGAGGAAGAGGGUCUCGUGGUGGUCGAGGUUCCAGAGGGUCAAAAGCACCUGUAGCUGCUGAAAGAGGAAGUAUCACAUCUUUUCUUAAGCCCUCCAGUUCAAGACAGUCAAUCAGAAGAGACUCAGAAGAGGAUUCUAUAAUCCUUGAUGACAGUGAUGAAGAGGAAAUGUCCAACUCUAGCAGACAUUCUAAAACAUCAAAAGCAACUUCUAGAAAAAGAGGAAUUUCAUACUUUGAAGAUUCGGAUGAGGAGGAAAGUCUUACAAAAAGAAAAAAAUAAAAAUUUGGUACAAAAUGACGGCACCAUUCCCAGAAAAUUUAGAUGAAAAUUGAGACAUAAGACAACAGUUUGUAUUUUAAAUUAAAAUUUUGUUGACUUAUUUAAAAAAUGCUUUUAGUCUGUUAGUAAUGCUUUUCUGUAUUAAUCUUAUAAUAUUUAGGAACUUUUUUUUUUUUUUUCUAAAUGUUUAUGUAUGCAUAUUUAUAAAAUACAAAUUGAUUAAACCUUUAUAUUUAAAAACAUGCUUUAAAUUGAUUUAUAAUUUAAAUAGUUUUGAAACCUAAUUGAUAUUAUGAAUAACUCCAUUUAAAAACACUAUUACUCUGAGCUAAAAAUUACUGUUAGCAGAGGAACUCUGUCUUUCAAAUUUAGCCAAUGAUGACCAAUAGUAAAAGCAGUCGAAAUGUAAUCAGGAACAAAUGUAACCCAAAACAAAUACAUAUUUUUGGAAAAGUAGUGGAAUGGAUUUAAAUUUUAAGAAAGUGGUUGUGAAAUUAUGAUGGGAUAAGUUUUCUUUCUUAGUACCAGUAAAUGAAUAGUUUUGACACUAAUUAGAAAGUGAAAAAAAAAACAACAUUAAAUGAAUAUUGUUUAUGUAGAAAAGCUUAUUAUUAUGAAUGAAAAGACAUUGUUCAACUUAGCAUACAAUAAUUUUGUUCUAUUAGUCCUACCUAGAAUUAUGAAUGAAAAGACAUUGUUCAACUAAGCAUACAAUAAUUUUGUUCUAUUAGUCCUACCUAGAAUUAUGAAUGAAAAGACAUUGUUAAACUUAGCAUACAGUAAUUUUGUUCUAUUAGUCCUACCUAGAAUUAUGAAUGAAAAGACAUUGUUCAACUAAGCAUACAAUAAUUUUGUUCUAUUAGUCCUACCUAGAAUUAUGAAUGAAAAGACAUUGUUCAACUUAGCAUACAAUAAUUUUGUUCUAGUAGUCCUACAAAAAGACAUUGUUCAACUUAGCAUACAAUAAUUUUGUUCCAAGAGACCUGCUCAUUAUUAGUGGGAAUGACUUAAAAGUUUUUAAUGUAUACCUAUUGAUUUUAUUGCAUUGUUUCUUGUUUUUGUUUUUAGUAUAUUUCAAUGUCCCUGUUAAAUUUUUUGUUUGAAUUUCAUUAUAGUUCAUUAAAAUGAGAUCAUUUUGAAAUUUUUAAAAAUAUUUCUAACACAAAUAGAAGUUGUAUAUAUGAAACUUCCCAGUAUAUUUAAAAGUCCAUAAUCAUUCAAAAUGAUUUGUUGUGUUUUAUAAGGCAAACCUAGUUUUAUUAAUGUGAUUUCUUUAUAUUGUCAUAAGUUCCACCAUCUUUGCUAACCCUAGUUCUCAGAUCAAUGCAGUGAGGAUGUUCUACCCUUGCAAUAUAUUAUUAUAUGUUAUUGAUCCUCAUUACUUCUCUUUUCUUUUUUGUUGAUUAGAUUUCUGGUUUUCUUCUUAAACUUUAGACAGUUUCAAAUUAUGUGGAGUCUUGUAAAACAUUUGAAUGGUGCAAUAGGCACUAAUAUAAUGCUUUUUGGCAUAAUGUAUAAUACAACAGUUGCUUAACUAAUGCCAUGAGCUGAGAGAAAAGUCUUAAUUACUUCCUUCUUGGAAUGGAUCAACUUUAUAUUUAAAUGUGUAUGUUUACUUUAGCUUUGACAUUUUUAACUAAUUUCUAAACAUGGUCUUCAAUAUAGAUUAGAAAAUGUAUAAAUUUUGAAUACCAAUAUGCAGUUCUGACUGUCAGUGCAUUUAUAUUUUUAAAAAUAUCUAUACUUUUUAUUUGUAUAUAGUCAAGUAAAGUUCCCCUUUAAGACCUUGCAAUCUAUUGGGCAGAUGAUGUUAAGGUCGUCUGUUUCUUUGGCUAACGGUUAAUGAGCAUGGUGUCAUGUGGCCAGCACACUGACCAACCUCCUUUACUCUUAAGUCAGGUACCCAUUACAGUCGGGUGGACUCAGGGGCGCCCUAAAAAUCCUGAAAUUUAAAAUCCCAAUCUUCACCAAGAUUCAAACCCAGGACUCCAGGUUCGGAAGUCAAGUGUUUAACCACUCUACCACUGCGCCCCCAUGAAUUAGUAUAGCAUUCAAUAAAUUUAGUUUUAUAUUAAAUAAAGAAACGUUACAAAAAUUAAGUUUACUUGUUUACAAAAAAUUGUGUUCUGUUAGUGUGAAAGUGGUUUUGGCAUCAUGUAGAAAAUUGCUAUAAAACAAGACAUCUUUAUAACAUGAUUUUUUAAAUUUUAGUACUAAUAUUUUGAAUGGCAUUGAAAUAAUAUACAUUUUAUUAUACAUGCAUAGGUAUGUUUAAUAUUUAUAGUUGACUAUAAAGUUCCUUAUAUUCAUUCAUGGUAAUAUAAUUUGUGAUUGUAACAUAUGGGUCAAGUUUUAAAAGUACUUUAUAUUCAGGGUCUGAUUUGAGGGUCUGUAGGCCCUGGGAAAACAAGGAGCAGAGGCUCUAAUUAUUUUCUGAAUAAAAGAACCAUAUUUUUUUCCUAAGACUGCUUUAUUGAUCCUUAUGGAAAUUUGUUGUGAUUACAAGGACUCUUUUCUCAUAUAAAGACAACACAACAGAAACAUACACAUAAAUCCAAAAGCAAAUUAAAAUUAUUUCAACUAAGAAUGAGGUAAUUUGUAAAAGUAAAUACAAUUUAUCAACAAGUAACUGUCGUUGAUAAUUUCACUGAAAUCUAGCUCCCAGAGUAAAUCAAUUUCAAUACUAUCUAUGGUUAGCUAUGAUAGCCGUUGUUUUCUCAUCUGUUGAUUUAAUUUUAGACAUGUUUUAUAAUGUCUUCCCUUUUCAUUGUUCUUGUUAUCUAUUAACCAUUUGCCCAUCAAUUAAAAACAAUUAUUUUUACGCCAGAUUUCUGUAGUAUUGUUUGAUUAGGAAAUAAACUCAUUACUAUUGUACUUAGCACACGCAGCAUCCGGUGGUACAAUCUCAUUUUUUGUGAAAAACACUAAAUUUCAAGAAACUAUUUAAAACAAAAUCCUAGCCUCCACUGAGACUUCCACCCCUACAUGAUUCUUAGAUCACACGUUCCACAAACUAAUCUUAGAGAUGUUUUGAAGUACAGAAGAUUAAAUCAGUUUGUGAAAUAGAUCAAGGGGAAAUAACCUCCAUUUGCUUUUACAACCUCCACUUUCUAUCAGAUUUUUCGAAGCCUUGAAUGAAAAUGUUUUUAUUAUCCGUGACUGAAAGUAAAGUCAUCAUCUUUAACCUCUGCUAGUACAUUACACUUUUAUGUGAGCAAGAGGUGCAGCUUCUUUAUUUCAACUAUUCAUAAAGACUUAGGCCAAAGUCAGUAAUUUCUGCCAAUGUCUUACAAAAUUUGAGAUAAUUAACACCCAGAUUUUUUAAAUUUUUGUUUGCCCACAGAACUUUUGUCCACACGUUUGUCCACUGUGUGUCUUUUAAUUUCAUUUUUUGACAGAAAAUUCAUUUCAUAAGAUUUUUUCAUUGUUACAAACACUUGAGGCUGAUCAUUUAGCACUGAGUUGUACAUGACACAUAAGGCAGCAUUUUAGUUCGCUCUAUAAAUUUUCAUGUUUUUAGGUUGAUUGAACAUGGCUCUGUGAAGAGAGACAAUCUGGACUAGCUGGAAUUUUAAACUCAUUUGUUCAUCAUAAUAUUUGCUUUUUAUGUCAGACAAAAAAUGUAUGUAAUAUUGUUUAAACUUCAUUUAAAAAAAAAAUAUGUAAGUAAUUAAACUUUUUCUUGAUCA